GUCACGUCACAUCCCCUCUUUUACCCACUGAAGUACCAGUGAGGUUCCUGGCAAGAGACAAUGUCAAGAUGAUCCUGUUAUGGGUAACAUUGCUUGUUCUUCAUCAAACUCGCUGGUUCCAGUGAUCACAGUUCAACCUGGUGAAUCUGUGACCUUCACAUGUCCUCUGCCUAAUGUUGAGAUCAGCGGCAGACAAAUUCACUGGUAUAAGCAAAGUGCUGGGAAUACUCCGAAAAUAAUUGCAACACUGCGGAAAACUUCAAAACCUGAUUAUUCACCAGAGUUUUUGGAAUCCAGAUUAGAGGUAACAAAUGAUAAGAGUUUUGUCAACCUGACCAUUGUGAGGACGAUUCAAGAAGAUGAGGGAAUGUAUCACUGUGAAAUCAUGGAGUGGAUUAGUCAUCCUCUGUGGAGAGGGACAUAUUUGUUAAUAAAAGGAAACUCUCGAAGGACCUCAAACUAUACUGUUGUUAAGAGUCCAACAGCAUCUGAUCCAGUGACUGUCCAGUGUUCAGUCCUCUCUGAAUCUGAGAACAAGACGUGUUCAGGAGAUCACAGUGUGUACUGGUUCAGAGCUGGAUCAGAUAAAUCUCAUCCUAACAUCAUCUACACUGAUGGAAAUGAUUGUGAGAAAAGAUCUGACUCUCUGAAGAGCUGUGUUUAUCGCUUCUCUAAGAAUGUCAGCUCCUCUGAUUCUGGGACUUAUUACUGUGCUGUGGCCACAUGUGGAGAGAUCCUGUUUGGUAAAGGAACUAAAGUGGAGACAAAGCAAACAGGAAGUUCUGAAUUUACUGCACUGAUGAUAGUAAUAGUCUGCUUGGUCAUUUCUGUGAUUGGAAAUGUUGUUUUCAUCUGUUGCCGAACUCCAGUGUGUGUAAAAUUUAAAGGAAAAGAAAGUGCCUCUUUACAAAGAGAACAUUCCAACUCGAGCCAACCAGUACUUGAUAUUACUAAUGGUGAAUAUGAUCAGAACUAUGCCGUGGUACAUUUUUCAAGAGGGAAAGUCAACAGAGGAAGGAUGAAGAAAGAGUGGACUGAAGAAAGUGUGUACUCUCAUGUUAAAUGCUGAAUGUGAACAUAUGUCUAUGAAAAACUGUGGGUUAAUUAAUAAAACUGACGUCUGACAGUUAUAAUUAAAUAAAUGUUGUGUGU